AACUCGAAGAACGGAGUCUUUACUAGAGACCCUGGCAUAAGCGAGCCAUUCGUGUACCCCCUAGGAGUGUCAAUAGGAUUCCUCGGUGGCGGAACCAAUAUUGCUUACAAGGCCUACAUGUCCACUGAGAAGGCAGGCGAGCAGUACGACCAGCAAGGCCAGUAUAAGAAAAAGGCGUACCCAGAAUACGGCCUGGAUGGCGACUAG